AUGGCACUCGUUGACUACUCCUCCGACUCGAGCGUCGUCACAGCCGAUUCUGAGAUCGCCCCUCCCCCGGCCAAGAAACAGCGAUCCGGCGGCGGGCCCGAUGGCAAAGGGGGCGAAGCAUCCCAUCCGACUGCCUCAGAUCUGCCACCUCUUCCCGAAUCGUUUCACGAUCUCUAUGCCUCCAGUGUGCGCCAGAGUGUCUCGGAUGACCCCAGCCUGCACAACGGCCGAAAGCGAUUGACACCGCAUGUCGCGGGCAACUGGCCCUCCCACGUUUAUAUUGAGUGGCAUCCUACUACAGAGCAACAUGCACUCUUGGUCGAGUUUCUCGACGCUGCCCAGAAGCAGCUCGGCACCACCCACAGGCUGCAUUCUUUCCUGACCUCGGAUCUUAACGCCCCCUUGCCACUUCAUAUCUCGCUCUCGAAAUCCCUGUCACUGACCACCGCCAACAAGGACGCCUUCCUAGACGCGCUCACUUCGUCCUUGCGUCCCACCUCGGCCGCUGUCAAAGGACCCUUUACGGUCUCUCCCAGCGGUCUCGCCUUCUACAAGUCUCCUGACUCGGACCGCGCCUUCCUUGUCCUCCGUGUGGCCGACCCCAAGGCCAAACCUCCCAUUCCCGGUACGAGCGCCAACCCCCAGCUGCGCGAGCUCCUCCGCCGAUGCAACACCGUAGCCUCUUCCCGCGGGCUGCCCACGCUGUACGCGUCCAGAGACCAAGUCGAAGCCGCCAACAAGGGCGAAGCUGACGCUGAGGCGGACGCCCUUGUUGACAAUGCCUUCCACGUCAGCAUCGCCUGGACGUUCGCCCUGCCCGACGAGGAGAUGUGCAUACGGACGUAUCGCAUCUUCCGCGCGCCCUCGUUCAAGAAGCUUCGGAACUGGGAGGUGCGCGUGUCGGGUGUCAAGGUGAAGAUUGGCAACGUCGUGACGCAUGUUCUUCUUGGCAAUGGCAAGGUAGCGGGAGGUGGUCGUAGCAGCAGGGAGAGCAGUCGCAGCGCGAGGAGUCCGACGGGAGACGAUUCUCCAUAUUAA